AUGCGGUCUAGGGCGGAACCCAGUGACGUCGUCGUGAACGUCCUCGGAUUGGCCGCUUUGGAGUAUGGGGAUGGUUUGGUCGAUAUCGCCCGUUCUUUCGGUAUUUUGGUAUUUCCUUUCUACUGGUCCGUGAGGGAUUUCCGACGCCCAAUGCAUUCGUCUAAGAUGACGGGGUUGCUCAUAUUGCGCAAUGUCGCGGGUGGUAGCAGCCCUACUCGGUCGCCCGCAUUACCUCCUCAACAGGUUUCGGACACCCCGUCCCGGUCAAAGCGGACUAUGGUCUACGUAGGUAUAUCCAAGUACCCAAGUACCGCGGCGAGUUUCUACCUGGAGAAUGAACGAGCAGAUGAAUAA